AUGCUGAGGAACGUGGUGUACAAGAUGAACGCUUCCUCAGGAGUCCAGCGGAUCAUCGCAGAAGUGUUUUUUCUGUGGAUGGGAAGGCUUGUUGUCGAAGUACUUUGGCGUGCAAUCAAAGCGACCGGUUGGACGACCUCGGAAGCAACAAGUUCAUAA